ACAAUUUUUUGGUGUCACUUCCGUUUCACCGCGACGAACGAGACCAUCUUAGUCGUGAACCCUUCAGUUUCCAAUAGAAUUUAUUAUUCGUCCAAAAUGUCGCUAAUCUCCGCUCGUUUGGCCUCUUCUGUGGCCAGGCGCCUGCCUAAUGCAACUUCACAGGUAUCGAAGGUUGCGGCGCCAGCGAUCGCUGUCGCUUCCCGCAAGGUCCAUGUGUCCUCCACACAGAGGGCAGCUGAAAUCUCCACCAUCCUGGAGGAGAGAAUCUUAGGUGCCGCACCCAAGGCGGAUUUGGAGGAAACUGGCAGAGUAUUGAGCAUUGGUGAUGGUAUUGCCCGUGUGUAUGGCCUCAAGAAUAUCCAGGCCGAGGAGAUGGUGGAAUUCUCUUCUGGUCUAAAGGGUAUGGCCCUCAACUUGGAACCCGACAAUGUGGGUGUGGUAGUAUUCGGUAACGAUAAACUGAUCAAAGAGGGUGACAUCGUGAAACGUACUGGUGCCAUCGUGGAUGUCCCAGUAGGUGACCAGAUUCUGGGUCGUGUCGUAGAUGCGUUAGGUAACGCUAUUGAUGGCAAAGGCCCCAUCGACACCAAGAACCGCAUGCGAGUCGGUAUCAAGGCCCCUGGUAUCAUUCCUCGCGUGUCUGUACGUGAACCUAUGCAGACUGGUAUUAAGGCUGUGGACUCUCUGGUACCCAUUGGUCGUGGUCAGCGUGAGUUGAUCAUUGGUGACCGUCAGACCGGCAAAACCGCUCUGGCCAUUGAUACCAUCAUCAACCAACAGCGCUUCAACAAGGGAGACGAUGAGAAGAAGAAGUUGUACUGUAUCUACGUCGCCAUCGGACAAAAGAGGUCCACUGUGGCCCAGAUUGUGAAGAGAUUGACAGAUGCUGGUGCCAUCAACUACACCAUUAUCGUGUCCGCCACCGCUUCGGACGCCGCACCCCUGCAAUACUUGGCGCCGUACUCUGGCUGUGCCAUGGGUGAAUACUUCCGUGACAACGGCAAGCACGCCCUCAUCAUCUACGACGACUUGUCCAAGCAAGCCGUUGCUUACCGUCAGAUGUCCCUGUUGCUGCGUCGUCCCCCCGGUCGUGAAGCCUACCCCGGUGAUGUGUUCUACCUUCACUCACGUCUGCUCGAGCGUGCCGCUAAAAUGUCUGACAAGAUGGGCGGCGGCUCCCUUACAGCCCUGCCCGUAAUUGAAACCCAGGCUGGUGACGUAUCUGCAUACAUUCCCACCAACGUGAUCUCCAUCACAGACGGUCAGAUCUUCUUGGAGACUGAGCUCUUCUACAAGGGUAUCCGACCAGCCAUCAACGUCGGUCUGUCUGUGUCCCGUGUAGGUUCCGCUGCCCAGACCAAGGCCAUGAAACAGGUGGCUGGUUCCAUGAAGCUGGAAUUGGCUCAAUACCGUGAGGUCGCCGCCUUCGCUCAGUUCGGUUCCGACUUGGAUGCCGCCACCCAGCAGCUGUUGAACCGUGGCAUGCGUCUUACUGAGCUUUUGAAACAGGGACAGUAUGUGCCCAUGGCUAUUGAAGAACAGGUCGCCAUCAUUUACUGUGGUGUCCGUGGUCACCUCGACAAAUUGGACCCCUCCAAGAUCACCGCUUUUGAAAAGGAAUUCACCCAGCACAUCAAAACUAGCCACCAAAGCCUGCUCUCAACCAUUGCCAAGGAUGGACAAAUCACAGCGGAGUCCGACGCUACCCUGAAGAAGAUUGUCACAGACUUCCUUGCCACCUUCACCCAAUCGCAGUGAACAGUGUAGUCACUAAAUAAAAACUGAUUUUGACAUGACAUUGUGCCCUGAAGCAUUUAGGAUAAAUCGUCUAAAUUUAUACUCGUAGCACAAUGUCAAGUCAAACUCCACGGUACAUAUUAAGUGAUGUCUAACGGAAGCAAUACUCCUAGUGGUCAAUGUUUUCGUUAGCCGUUAAUAGUAGUUCUAUUAUUCGUAUGGACUGUAUUGAAUGAUGAUACAAUCAUGCAAUGUAUUUAUCUCGGAAAUGUCAGGAGUGGUUAUAAAUAAACAUCGUAACAAAA